AUGGCCGAUGUUGCUAAAGAAUCUAAUAAUAUUUCUAAUUCACCACUAUCCGCGUCUAACUCCGAUCAUUUGAAUGAGACAGUUGUCGUUUCAGAAAAUAAAACUCAAAUCAUUUCAAAUGAUUGCAGGCCGUCUUUAGAAGGUGAAUUUGAUAAUAUCCAGAAAAAUGAAGAAAACUAUGUAUUCGGUAAGAAUGAAAAAGAAAGAAAAUUUAGAAUUUUUGGAAUUAAAUUUCCUGGAGGUUGGAUGGAUGAUGAAAUUGUUUCAUCUAUUUUACUAAAGUCUGAAUCCUUCUAUUUAAACUUCAAUAAAACGUAUCAAGAUGAAGAUUAUCGUCAGGGUGAUAUAAAUAUUACUUUUAAAACUUUAUCAGAUGCUGUUCAAGCUUAUAACAUACUUGAGAAAAUGACUAUUGAUAAUGUACGAUUAAAAGUACAUGCAUCUUCUUAUUUUGUAAAGGCUAUGACACAUUUUAAUAACAAAUUUAAAGAGGGAAAAGAGAAUGAUGAAACAUUAAAUAUAAUUAAAAAACCAUUAUUUGUAAUUAACAAUGAGGAACAAAGAGAAGAAUUUUUAAGAAGAUUGUAUGCAGUAGAUAUACCUGUUUCAAUGUCUGAAGAAUUUAUUGAUAAUGUUAUAGAAACGUCUAAUAUUGAAGAUUACACGACAAAACCUGAUGUUAUUCCUGGUGGAUAUUUACAAGCAGAAAUAAUAUUUAAAAAUAAACAUAUUAUUAAAACAUUAAUAGAUGAAUUUAGAAAAAAGUUAAAAGAAAGAGAUGAUUCUCUUAAAAAUACAAAAAUUUUAACAGCAUCAGAGUAUUUAUUGUAUAUGAGUCAAAGAACAUAUAAUGAUGAUGUUCCAAUCCAGUCAGAUGUAGCCAAUCUAGUUAAAGAAUUUUCUGUAGAAGAAAUUGCCAUAAAAAUCGAACAGUAUAUGAUGAAGCGACCAAUAAAUUGGCGAGAAGUUGAUUCAAAAGAUGAUAUGUAUAAUAUAUGUGAUACAGUUUCUAGACAGUUAAGAGGACUUCCAGAUUCAUUGUUAAAGGAAUCAAUGAUGCUUACAUUAAUUAGAGCACGGGAUGGUCCUCAAAUUCCAUUAAAUAAAGUAAAGAUAAAAAAUUUAAUAAAAUUAUGGAAACAAGAAUUAUUGAAUGAUAAAAUAUAUGAUCGGCCAACAAAAUUUAAAGGUUCUUCAGCUAAUUAUGUUCCAAUUUUAGAUGAAGAUAGAAAAAAAAGAAAAAGAAAUAAAAGAGAUAAAAAUGUAUUAAAAGUUCAAAUGGGUAUAGGUUCAUUCUUACAAAAAGCACAUAAUGAAAAUCUUAUUAAUAAAUAUAAAGAUACAGAAUUUGAGGAAGAAGAUGAACCUAUGGAAGAACCUUUAACUAAUGAAAAUGGGGAGCCAUUGUCAUUUAGUGCUUGGUCACAAAUAUCUCAAAGUGAUAAAGAAUUGGGUGUAGUAACAAUGGAUCCAGAAGAAAUGAAGAAAUAUGUUAAACCAUUAAAAAAAGUAGUCGUAAAAAAAAGAGAUACUACUGAAGAACAUAAUAGUGACACAUUAGGUGAGAUGAAUGAUGAAGACAGACAACUUCGUGAAGAUAAAGAAGAAGGAGAAGUUUCAACUGAUGAAAGUAGUAGUUCGGAUGAAGAAGAUCUUAAAAGAGCAAAGAAGAAACGAUAUACUAAAUCUGUUGAUGGGCGUAAUAUAUCCGAUUCAGUGCAGUCAUCUCACAGUAAAGAAGAACGUGAUGAAAUUGGAGUGUUAAUAAACAAAUUCUAUGAAUGUCGUGUUCAUAUUAUAGAGAGUUUAAAUGAAUGUCAGAAAGCUGGAUUUUUGCAAUAUUUAAAACAUACAGCAAAAUCAGAUAUGAAUCCUCAAUUAGUUAACAAAAUUUUUGCUGAAUUGGGAAAUCUUAACAAGUAA